AUCCAUUCAGGCCACCGUAGAAUGUCCUCUUCUGUUGCUUAGUGAAGACAGACGUGUAUUUAGUAAUCAUUGCGGAAAUAGUGAGACAUGGCAGCCGAGCUCGAGAAUCGGGUUUUAGAAGCAUUUCAGGGCCCCGGGCCCGGUGGGGGCAUGUCAGCCCUAGACGGACUGGACUGGGAUUCAUCACUUUUUGAUGAACUAAGUGGUUUGGUUGAUGUUGAUGAUUUGUUUCAAGAUGACAAGUGCAACGCAUAUGAAAGUAAUUUUGAUAACUUGGAUUUUAAUGUGGACUUAUUGUCAUGGAAUUCACCCCCAUGGGACUGUUCACAUCAGUACUUUUCAGAUGACAGCAUAAAACCCGAACCUUUGUCUCCAGCUUCUUCCAGUUGUUCCGUACAAUCUCCACAUUCUGUUGAUUCACUGUCAUCUUCAUCACAAUACGUACCGGAAGACCUUGAUGCCUCCUCUAAUUCUCAGAUGUCUCCACUUUCACUGUAUUCUGAAGGAGCACAAAGUCCCAGAUCUCCCGAACAACCUGAAGAGAAACCUACAAUUAUUUCACCACAGACCAAUGUUCAUACACCUGUUAAGCAAAGAAAGCUGGCCCCAGUGAUACCCAAACCAUCCAUUCAACCAAAAACCAUACUGAUUCCUGCAGCUGCAGAUAUCCAAGCAACUACGGGCAUUUCACCCAAAACGAUCAUUUUGCAGUCUGUUACAACACUUCUGCCUAAACAACAGCCUCUUAUUACACUCCAGCCGGCGCCGCCAAGUGGACAACAGGUUUUGCUGACUCCUUCUGCUGUGAUGCAGCUUCCACCACCUGGUAUUCUAACAGCUCAAUCAGUCCUCACCAUGGGCGCAGGAACAACCCCAUUAUCCACAAACUUACUUUCUCCUCAAAACAGUAAAAAUUCAACGGUGAAACCUUUUAUUCAAGCAUCCAUUCAGGGAUCAGAGAGCGGAGCAAAUAUAAAUGUGAUCAGGAGGCAGCAGAGGAUGAUUAAAAACCGUGAGUCUGCUUUGCAGUCGAGAAAGAAGAAAAAAGAAUACAUGCAGGGUCUGGAGCUCCGUCUAAGAGCAGCUCUAUCAGAGAAUGAACGACUAAAGAAAGAGAAUGGUUCUCUGCAGAAACUCCUAGAAGAAGUGGUCUCUGAGAAUCAGAAGCUUAAAGUGACUGCUCCAAAGAGAAGAGCCGUCUGUCUCAUGAUGCUGGCUGUAUUUUUAAUAUUGAAUUUUAAUCCAUUAAGUAUUCUGGAAACAGGAUCUAGCCUAUAUGAUGUGGAAGUUGUUCCUGUUCGCCACAACAGACACCUUCUUGAAUUCUCAGAUGGAAAUGAAAAUGUGGAAACCAAGGAUAUCUCACAGGAGAGUAGCAGGCCUGGGCGUUAUAUCUCCAAUGAGAAGGCUUUGAUGGUAGUCAAGGAGGAGCCAUUGCUAUAUAUCCCAGCACCACCACCUUGCCGCCCACUCGUCAAUCAGACUGAAACACUUAGAUUGAACCAGGAGCUACGGGGCUGGGUCCACAGACAUGAGGUGGAGAGAACAAAGUCCAGACGAAUGACCAACAGCCAAAAGGCACGGGCUGUACAGAAAGCUGAAGAGAAAUCUGGUACAUCACAACUCGUAACAAUGCAAUAUACGGAUACUAGCUUGAAAAACUCUGUGAAUGAGUUGCAAAUUUAUUAUUCCUCUCCAAGAAGCUACCAAGACUUUUUAGAAGCUAUACAUAGAAGAGGAGAUACAUUUUAUGUGGUGUCCUUUCGCAGGGAUCAUCUAUUGUUACCAGCCACAAACCGAAAUAAGACAAGCAGGCCAAAAAUGUCAAUUAUUUUACCAUCAACUAAUGUAAAUGAUAAUGUGAUCAAUGGACAAGACUAUGAAGUGAUGAUGCAGAUAGAUUGCGAGGUCAUGGAUACCCGAAUCUUACAUGUUAAAGCAUCUUCCAUCCCACCAUUUCUAAGAGAGCACCGUGAGAACCAAACAAACGCUUUCUACAGCUCCCCCAACCCUGGUUCAGAAACAUCCCAUUUUGUAGGUGCUAUCAGUGAGUCUCCACUCUGAAUGGUGAAGAUAACUGUUCAAGCCACAUGCUGCCUCAGUGUGUUCUUAAGAUAGUUCCAAGGGUUUAUCUGCACCAUUCUUUGAUACACAAUACAAAGACAUGCUUAUUUUUAACUUCUUGUAAAGUAAAAUUACUUCUAAGAUU